CUCCUCUCGGCCUCGCCUCGCUCUCCUAGAACGCCCUCUUUGCCGAGGCCCCGCCCCCCGGCCGCUCUAGCUUCCGCUCUUCUCGUUGGUUCGUGCCGGAACGACGGAGGCUGGGAGUGGAAAGGGGCCGCGGCGGGCUGGCAGUGCUCCGGCCUCCUACUCGCUACUGCUUUGGCGCCGCGCAGCCGUCCCUAAGGUCCUGUGCCGUCGCUCCUUCUGGGCCAGGUUCCGAAGAUGACGCCUCCUCGAGCACAGGGACCAGGCUGAGUAGGCCUACGCGGGCCCGGUACUUCUCUCCCCCAUGCCUGGCGCCCCCAGUUGGGUUCCAGGGCACCAGGGCUCACGCCCACCCAGCCCCUCCCAUCGUUUUCUCUUUUCUUUUCUCAGCCAAAUUGGGUUUUUCUUCCCCACAGUUGUGCCCAGUGGCCUCAGAGCUCCGGAAAGUUUCGGAUGAGCCUAUCCUAACUAGAAAUGAGGCCCUGGAAACUGGGAGUCGUGGAGAGCGGAACUUAGGGCUCCAGGUCGCGGCUUCUGCGUUCUUUCUUACUUUGCAAAGUUGAGGAGCCCCUUCUUUGUCUCCUGAAACUCACUACCACCUGAGGUGCCAUGGCACCCAAGCUAUGGGCUGAGUGGAGCAUGGCCCUGUCCCACCUGGCGCUGGGAGUGGUGUCUCUGCAUGCAGCCGUGAGGACUGCCCAGGCAAGUCGAGGGGCUGCUGCUGGCUUCCUGCUCCAGGCCUUGGCUGCUGCCACCAUGCUGGCCCCAGGGCUGGGCACAGAUGAAGACUGUCUUGCCGGAGCCUGGGUGGCCACUGUCAUUGGCCUGCCCCUUCUGGCCUUCGAUUUCCACUGGGUGAAUGGGGACCGCUCCUCUGCCAACCUGCUCCUGGGAGGAGGCAUGGUGCUGGCAGUGGCUGGUGACCACCUUGGUGCUGAGGGCCGUUCUGUGGCUGCUCAAGCGGUGAUGUUGGUGGUGGCAGUGACCAUCCUCAUUGUGGCCGUUUUCACAACCAACACUUAUGGAAUGUGGGGGGGUGUGAUGCUGGGUGCUGCAGGCCUCCUGAGCCGGUUAGAGGAGGACAGACUGCUGCUGCUGCCAAAAGAGGACGUCUGUCGCUGGGUCCUGGCUGCAGGCAGUUGGGCCUACCAUCGGGCCUUGCACUCACAGCGCUUGCAGUGGGAGUGAUGGUUGGAGAUAGGCCUCUGCCCUUGCCUCCACCUCCCCUUCCACUGGCCUGCUCCUGGGGCCUCCUUCUCAUGUAAGCUUGCUGCAGGGUGACUGGUCAGGGGCAGAGUCUGGGCACUGUACCUCCUCUUGCAGAGUGUGGAGACCUGCCUAGACCAGAAUGAAGGGGACAGGGUGCAGGCACCUUUUGGGACCUGAUUCUGGGCAGGCCAUGGUUGUGGAUCCAGAAAGAGGCUUGGUCUCCAAUAAACCUUAGGGAUUCAGCAGGAA